GUCCAAUCAGACCACACCGAGCCUGGAUUCCGCGGACUCGCAGCAUCACCUCCGCGACUUAGUAGAGCACGCGGAGGCGGAAAUGUUGGCCGAACAGGCAGCCGUCGCGGAGCACAAGAAACCGGAGCCCGAGGGGUUAGAAAGCGGUCCGGAAACUUUUGAGCCCGUGCACAAGCACGAGAACAUCAUCCAAAAGGCGAACACGCCGACACCAGGACGGAUCUAUCGACCCGGAGCGAGUGCGGAGGGCUCGGCUUUCUCGGCUGAGCGGUACUACAGAUCCCUUGCAGCGACCGAGGGGAGCACAAGUCCAACGGCAGCGUCUGUGAGAACGGCGGACAUAAAAGUGGCAGUGCCCGGGGCUGCUGAGCAAGCA